GGAUUGUAAGAAUAUUGUGAAAAAAGGUAUAUAUUUUAAAAUGGCUAAUACUACUGAGAAAGGAAAAAAACGGCAUGCCGACGAUAAUGCUAUGGAGGUCGAAGUAGUAAAUGGCAUUGAAGGAAAGGUUAAAUCUAGAUCGCCUGCUAAAAGAGUCAAAAAAGUAUAUGGUGAAUUUCGAAAGAUACCUGUACCUGCACAUAGGUAUACUCCUCUUAAGGAAAAUUGGAUGAAGAUUUUUACUCCUAUUGUAGAACAUUUACAAUUACAAGUACGUUUUAAUUUGAGAACAAGGAAUGUAGAAAUUCGUACUGCUCCUGAAACUACCGCUAUUUCUAAUCUUCAAAAAGCUGCAGAUUUUGUUAAAGCAUUUAUAUGUGGUUUCGAAGUAGAAGAUGCUCUAGCUUUAUUACGACUAGAUGAUUUGUUUGUCGAGACUUUUGAAAUUCAGGAUGUAAAACCGUUAAAAAGUGACCAUUUAUCUAGAGCUAUAGGAAGGUUAGCAGGCAAAGGAGGCAGAACAAAAUUCACAAUUGAAAAUGUUACAAAAACAAGAAUCGUUUUAGCCGAUAGCAAGGUUCAUAUACUUGGAUCUUUCCAAAAUAUACAAUUAGCUCGUAGGGCUAUUUGUAAUUUAAUAUUAGGAAGUCCACCGUCCAAAGUGUAUGGUCAUUUAAGGAAUAUUGCUAGUAGGGUAUCAGAGCGUUUGUGAUAUGAUAUAAGAAAUUGUAUAAAAUGGUUUUCUAUUUUGCAUAUAUAUGUAAAUAUAUAAGAUUAAGUCUGUUUUCUAAUAUGGAUAUUUAUUAUUGAAAACUUAACGGUUUCGCUACGGGCUGAUUUUGCGGCGCGCUACUCACGCCGAACGAUCCGUUGCAUCGAAAGUAUGCACUAAGAAACGUUUGUGAUAGUUCGUAGAAAAGAAAAGAUGAAAAAAUUAUCACAUAAUGGAAUUACAAAAUAUAACUUUUAAUAAUGUAUUUUCGUAUGGGGGAAAGUCUCAAAGAUACGCACGAAGUGCAAAACAAUUGCGAUGGGUAAUCAUUACGAUAUCAAAUAUACUCUGUUCAAAAAACAUCACGGGUGACUAUAGUCACUGCUUGUAGCAAAAGGGUUAAUUUUAAUGCAAGUGACAGUUUUUAAAAAAUAACUCGGAAAAAUUUAAUAAAUACAAUAUUUAAUUUAAA